GAUAUACAUAAAAUACUUUUGACGAUUAAACAGCUUCUUCCUGAAAACAAAAUGUCAAGACAAAAAUUUACUGAUGCCCCAGGUGGGGAUACCGUACUUUACGAUGUGGUGGAUGAGAGCAAUGGCUACAGACAAGGCACGUUUUUUACCGAAACAAUCGAGAAGCAUCUCGAAAUAUUUAAUAACCUUCCCAACAUUAAAUGCAGAGAGGACGACAUCCUUUUAACUUCAUAUCCGAAAACAGGUACAAACUGGCUAUGGGAAAUGUUGGUAAUGGUUAUAGCAAAAUCGAGCAAAGUAACCGGUGAUACCAAACAUUUAGGGAUGAUAGAGGGUGUGCCAGCAGAGUUAACAGAAGGCAUGCAAUCCCCGAGACUCCUUAACACGCACCUAAAGAUAAAAUAUUUUCCAAAGGGGGUAUUUGAAAAGAAGAUUAAAGCAGUACUGUUGGUUCGCAAUCCCAAAGAUGUCGCCGUAUCGUUUUACAAUCACACAUAUGGCUUAAAACCCUAUGAGUAUGAUGGGAAAUUUGAAAACUACGUUCAGAUGUUCAUGAGGGGUGAAACUGAUUACGGCUCAUAUCCAGAGUAUUUGAGAGAAUGGCAGACGUUCAUCCGUGAAAAUCCAGACUUUCCAGUACUUGUCCUGUAUUACGAAGAUCUCAAACGGGAUUGUCUCUGUGAAAUGAAGAAGGUGUGUACAUUUCUUGAGAUUGAUGCUAACGAGGAUCUGCUAAAGCAGAUUGUUGACAACUGUAACAUAGACAAACUACGACAAAGCAAGACGGACAGUAUGCCAGAGGAAAUGAAGCAACAUUUUCUGACAAACAUACUGAAGAAAGAUUUUUCUAUUUACAGGAAAGGUCAAGUUGGUGACUGGAAAAACUGGUUUACCGUGGCCCAGAAUGAAAUGUUUGAGGACUGGUGGAAUAAAGAAACACAGACCCUUGAUAUGUUCUCAUUCAAGUAUACAUGAUCACCUCCGCGUACAUCAUAGGAACAAGUAGCUCAGCUCAAAGUUAUAGACAUUUGCUACGAAACGCAUAUAUUUCUGUUACGUAUAAUCUCUCAGAUUGUUGACCAAACUAAUAAUACAUACAUUUACAUUCAAUUAUAACCCACCAGAUAGACAUAACGAGGGUUGAGCGCAAUACUGCCAUAACUCCUUCUUUAUUUAGUAGAACUUACGGCAGUAUUGCGCUCAACCUUCGAAUUACAAUCGACAGGUUUGAUGGGACACUGGAUGUUUUAGUUUUAAUAAACGCAUGUCUCCGCAAAUUGAAAAUUUGCUACUAAUGGUAAGCCGUCACUAGUGGGGAAACACUUUCCUCUUUACAUAUAAAACAGGUAAACAAAAACUGAAAAAUAUGUGUUCCAUAUUUGCACUUCGAUGGUACUCUUGCAAUCUUGGAUACUAUUUGCGAGACGUUGGUUCCGUCAUUGCAUAACAUUUAUUAUCAGUCGUGUCCAUUGAAACGAAGCAUCAAAAUAUCAACUGUAAUGGUAAUGUUAGCACAAUAAAUAUAUGCAGAUAGAAAA